GCUGCGCUGAUGCUCGCGGCGCGGUCUGCCUCCAACACUUCUGUUCCCAAAGCCGCUUUCCCGAAAAUUCAGUUCGGAUUUUAGUUCGGAUUUGAGUACCACGCGAUGAAGACGGCGGCUUCAAUUAAUCCAGAAUUAAGAGUGCAGUGAUACGGGAUUUCAUAUAUAUUUUGCAAAUAGUUAAUAGAUAAAACGAUGGAAAGUUACACUAAUUAAAUUGCUUUUGCUUUUUUUUAUAACUUUUCUAAUUCCGUGACUUCGCAAAGCGCAGAUCCUUAAUGAUCAGAUCCUUAAUUAAUCCGUUUAAAUUGUGAUUCAAUACUUGUGUUUCCAUCAAUACCCCCGUCUAAAAACAAAUAAUACAAAUAAAAUAGUGAUUGUAACGAAACGUGAAAAAAGGCUUAAAAAUGGCAAAGCUGUUUUUAAUAUUCAGUAUUUUUAUUGUUCUGGCAUCUAUACCCGACACCAGUUUCAUAAGCGCGGAUUUAUCCACUAAAGAUCGAAUAAAGAAACAUCAAGAGUGGCUGAAAGAGCACCGCAAACCCAAGACGAAAAAAAUUCAUUCGAACAACUCAUAUUAUGAGCUAGCCAACUUAUGGCACACGAGAAAAGAUUUAUCACCUAAGCAAAAGCCAAAUAACAAAGAAGAAUAUUUGGAAAACGAGACGACUAGUAAAAUAUCUAACAAAACGGAUGAAAUAGUAUUAAAGCCAUUAAUUAAUGGCACCAAUCAAAAUACAUCGACAUCUAAUCUUGAUCUGGAAACAACAACAUUAGCAACGACGCUUACUAAGCAUCCGGUAGAAAAUGGUAACGCUGCGACUACAAGUCAAACCCCAAUUAUAAAGGAGGUUUUCUCAUCUCCAAAUCCACCAAAAGUAGUAACUACAAAAAAGCUUAAGAAGAAAGUCUAUCCAUAUCCACGAUGGGAUAAUUGGAGUAAUUGGAGCGAGUGUUCGCGAAGUUGUGGAGGGGGCGUUCGGCAUCAAAUACGAAAAUGCAUUAACAAAAACCUAUCGACGAAUAAUCAGCUUACGAGUAAUGCCUGUGUGGGCUACUUUAAACGCUAUCAGCUAUGCAAUGAUGUGCCUUGCGACUCCCAAUCCCCGGAUUUUAGAGCUUCUCAAUGUACAGCUUACAACGAAAUAGAGUUUCAUGGUCAUCGAUAUAGGUGGGAACCUUAUGUGAAGGAUGAUGCUGAAUGUGAACUCAACUGUAUGCCAUUUGGAAUGAAAUCAUUUGCCACACUUAACGAAUCUGUAAUUGAUGGUACCCCUUGUCAACAUCCAGCUGAAUACUAUCGAUCGCAACUUUGGGAUCGUGCUGUUUGCGUUGAUGGCGCUUGCAAGGCCGUCCAUGCCAGUGGCGAUAUUGAUGGACUGUAUGCGCACAGUGGGUCCGUUAGUUGCGGAGGACUACUGUGCCGGCCUGUCACUGGGAUCUUCACUCGUGAUCCCCUCCCGGAACAUGCCUACAUACAUGUUACUACCUUACCAGUGGGUGCAUCGAAUAUUUCUAUAACAGAACUUAAAAACAGCAUCAACCUGCUAGUUUUGCGGACAUCUAAAGAGGUGUCCAUUUUCAAUGGCGAGAAUACUGUGUCGGAAAGUGGAUCCUACGAAGCGGUUGGAGCCACAUUCGACUAUCACCGAAUCGAUGGAGCUCAGGACAGCAAUGGAGUUACCGAAUGGAUCACAAGCAUUGGGCCCAUUAGGGACGCAUUGCAACUUAUGGUUUACACCAAGACACCGAAUAAUACUGGCAUAAAGUACGAGUACAUGCUGCCCAUAAUAUCUGAGUCGGAGGAAAACGAGAUGUCCUUGGAGAGUAACGAUGGUCUGCUGAGAUCCGGAAUCGAGGACACCAGUUCGUCGAGCAGCUCGAGGGCGGGACGAAAGCGAAUCUUUAAUUGGAAAGUGAUUGGUUUCAGUAGCUGCACGAAAUCGUGCGGAGGCGGCACACAGACACCCAUUAUACGUUGCAUUCGGAAGAAUCCAUUGCGGUACUACUCGCAGCGUCGUUGCGUGCACUCCGUGAAGCCGGUGCUGAAUGAGAACCUAUUGCACUGCAACACGCAACCGUGUCCGGCGUACUGGCGCGUUGAUGAGUGGGGUGAGUGCCGCUGCCUCAGUAGCGGUGCAUUUCGCCGGCGGGAGGUGAGCUGUGUCCAGGAGCUCGCCUCCGGAUUGGUCAUACACGUGGAUAAGUCCGCCUGCAUGGCGGACCAGCCGCCCACCCAGAAGCAGUGCGAGUGUCCCAAGAACCGGCGACGCAAUCUGUCGCGAUACCGGCUACCAGGCAGCUUGGACUCCGGAAACAGCACCCAGGUCAAGCGCAGCAAGAUCGACGGCACCGAAGUCCAUGCCAUCUGGUUGAUGUCCGAAUGGAAUCAGUAUUGCUCGGCCACUUGCGGAUCGGGCAUUGAGUAUCGUACAGUAUUUUGCGAUCGGUCAAAGGCCGGCGAGCAGCGCUGUGAUCCCAGCACCACUCCCGAAAGUCGUCGUCCCUGUGAGAAGUCCAGUUGCAAGGUGGGCGACUGGUUCACCGGUCCCUGGUCCUCCUGCAAUGGCGACUGCUUCGACUUGACCCGCAGCCGGCAGGUGCUGUGCAUCCACAACCAGCUGAUCACAGAGGACAAGGACUGCACGCCGGAACUGAAGCCGCAAUCCGUGGAGAAGUGCUCCCACGAGGAGGUGGAAUACUGCGCUGCCCGUUGGCAUUACUCGGACUGGUCGGAGUGUUCGAAACCAUGUGGGGUUGGUAACCAGCGACGCAGUGUAAAAUGUUUGGAGUACGACAUAAAGUUGAACGUCUUACGGGAAUCAUCGCAAUGUCGGUACACGAUCAGAGAACCAAUAUAUCGCAGUUGCAAUGCACAAAAGUGCGAAGAAGAGCCGAAAACUGAAGCUAUUCCGAUUUGUACUGAUAAAUUCGCCAAUUGCCAAUUGGCUUCGAAAGCAAAGUUAUGUAGCUACGAUUACUAUCGCGACAACUGUUGUGCUUCUUGUGCCGGUGGUAUUUAAAGCGAUUUCAAAGUAUAUUUAGAAGUAGAUAUUAAGAAUCAUACUUAAUUUAUAAACGAUUUUUAACCGCCGUGCAGAAUAGCUACGAAAUACUAUUAAGCAUUACUUCGAACAUGACACUUUGGUAACCCUUAAUAUAUGUAGUAUUGCUGACACUAAAGCUCAAAAUAAAGCUUGCAGGGAAUUGCAAUAAUUAAAUCUUCGGUCAAACAAUAUGUAUUAACGCAAGUGAAUAACAAAUACUUAAACACACUAGCUGAAGACUUUAACAUCAAAAAUAGUAAAUCCUUACAAUAAAUAUAACAAUCUCAUUAAGAAAAAAAAGAGUCCUUGUUUAAGAAUAAAUAAAUCUUUUUACUACA